AUGGCUUCUCGUCGAAUUGCACAAUCGAGCGUGAACUGGGCGGCUCUGGCCGAACGUGUGCCAUCGAACCAGAAGCCCAACCUUGCUGCAUUCAAGACGAAGAGUGAUAAAUAUCUGCGCAGUGUUGUUGCCAAUCCGGAGACACCGCCGAAAAUUGAUUGGUCAUUCUACAAGAAGAAUGUCCCCGUCGCCGGUAUGGUGGACAAGUUCCAGAAGUCGUACGAAGCCCUGCAGAUUCCGUACCCGGCCGAUAACGUGACCAAGCUGGUAGAAGCUCAGGAGAAAGAGGUCCAGCAGGAAAUUGUCAAGUUCGUGAAGGAUUCCGAAGCACGUAUUGCCGAUUUCCAGACGCAGAUCGCCACCCUGAAGGCGCUGCUGCCGUACGACCAGAUGACGAUGGAGGACUUCCGAGACUCGUUCCCUGAGCAAGCCCUGGAUCCCAUCAAUCGUCCAUCGUUCUGGCCCCACACCCCGGAGGAGCAGGAGCCUGGUGCACCGAACGCUGAACCGCACCAUUAAGAAACGCUACGUCACAAGGCCGAAUUAUCAGUGAUGCCGACGGUUGGUGCACCCGGCGUAGAUCCGGUAUAGAAAUAAAGCAGUCUGCUGUUUACUAACUCCGUAAUAC